AUGGUAUGUCAUGAUAGUAAUUGUCGAGGGUGUUUUUUUUUUCGUUCCUUUUCUGUUCAUUUUUUGGGCCCAUGCCUUGGGAUUGUUUGAUGAAUUGGGACUGUUGUUGUUGUUGUUGUUGUUGUUGUUGUUGCCGCAUAGAUAUACUAACGCGAGAGCUCCACCCCAUAGGCUGAGAAAUUGUCAGAGCAGCAAAUUGCCGAGUUCAAAGAAGCAUUCUCCUUGUUCGACAAGGACAGCGACGGAAAGAUCACCACCAAGGAGUUGGGCACGGUGAUGAGAUCGUUGGGGCAGAACCCCUCGGAAAGCGAAUUGACCGACAUGAUAAACGAGGUGGAUGUCAACUCGGACGGCUCGAUCGAUUUCCCCGAGUUCUUGACCAUGAUGGCCAGGAAGAUGAAGGACACCGACUCGGAGGCGGAGAUUGCAGAGGCGUUCAAGGUCUUUGACAGAAACGGAGACGGCAAGAUCAGUGCUGCGGAGUUGAGACACGUUUUGACUUCGAUCGGCGAGAAGUUGUCCGAUGCCGAUGUCGACCAGAUGAUCAAGGAGGCCGAUACAAACAACGAUGGCGAGAUUGAUAUUCAAGAGUUUACUCAAUUGUUGGCUGCAAAGUGA